CGCUCUCGUUUUAAUUUCCUGCGAUUUUGUUUUAAACGCUAUUCAUCCCCCCUCCAGCGUUGGGCCUUUAUUCUAACAAUUGGUAUCAGAGCCUUACUCUCUGUAAGACUUAACCGUUUGAGAGAAACGAUCAAUGGCUUCUACUCAAAGUUCAUACGCACGUUUAGGUGAAGGGCAAUCCACCACAAGGCCUCCGUUGUUUGACGGAACGAACUACACCUAUUGGAAGGAGCGGAUGAGGAUUUACAUCCAAUCCACCAAUUUUCUCCUUUGGAGAAUUAUCAAGAAUGGUGAAGACGUGCCAAUGAAGAAGGUCGGGGAAACCAACGUUCUCAAGACCGAGAACGAGUAUGAUGCACAAGACAUCAAGAAAGUGGAAAACAAUGCCAAGGCCAUCAAUAUCAUCUAUUGUGCCGUAAACCCGGAUGACUACCGGAAGAUAUCUUGUUGCACCACCGCAAAGGAAAUGUGGGAUAAACUAGAAAUCACAUACGAAGGUACGGAUCAAGUCCGAGAAGCUAAAAUUGAUUUUCUAACCCAUGAAUAUGAAUUGUUUCGUAUGAAGGAGAAUGAGAAAAUCGAUGAGAUGUUUGAACGAUUCUCCAAAAUCGUCAACGAUCUCCAUGCUCUCAAGAAGACGUACACGGACAAGGAGCUUGGGAGAAAAAUCCGGCGAAGUCUCACACCGGAGUGGCGGUCCAAAGCCGAUGCCAUCCAAGAGUCCAUUGGUGUCACCAACGUCACCAUUGACGGGCUUAGAGGUAACCUCAAAACCUAUGAGUCUACCAUUUUAUUCCCCUCUUUGGGUGAACAAAAGAAGAAGGGGAUUGCACUCAAGGCUUCCUCAAGCCAAGAACCCGCCAUGGAGGAAUCAAGCGAUGAAGACAACGAGUUCGGGCUAGUCAUCAAGAAAUUCCACAAGUUCAUGCGCAAGGAGUAUGAACGAAAGGGUAAAAAGCAUGGAGGACCACCCAAGUGCUAUGGAUGUGGAGAAGUUGGGCAUAUCAAGCCAAAAUGCCCAAAUG